UAUAUUGUUUUAGUCAUCAACUAUGUUGACAUAUUUGAGUUACUUUUCAGAACUUUUCGGCGAUGAAGGUAAUAAAGACACGCACGCCCAAUUGGCGCAUAUUUAUAUAAACAAGCUAUAUCGCGUGUAUAAUCCGGAGGUACAUCUGUAUCUAUGGCGACGCCAUAUGACGCCGUAUAGUAGAUACACCGUACCUGUUUUAUCUUUGCGCAUUCGCUUCUCAUAACUUUGUGUACCUGUAAAAUGUAUCAGAUCAUCCAUCUGCUUUACGUGUAUAAAAUGUCAUUGGUUUAUACAAUCGUUUAUGUGUCAAUAAUGUGUGUAUCAAAACCUUGUUUUUACACUUUUCGUGUCCAAAAAAUAAGUACCAUGUUUUGUGUUUGUAUUAAAGAUUUCCGGAUAACACUUCGGAUCAUGAUGUAGUUUGGUACCGAUAUAUUUGCAAAUGUUGUAAAAACUCCCACUAUUUUCAAACGUGAAGCCUGCCAUAUAAAAUGUAUCCCUCGAGGUGCCCCCCUACAUAUACCACACUAAUCAGACAUUGAUAUUUUAUCAGAUGCUUUUGUGAGAAGGUUUCGAUCUUGUCUCUGGAUUCCAGGGGCUUGGUGUGGUAUACUGUGCAACUGCUGGGUAGAGGGCGCGCGGAUUAACUUCUAUAUUAUGUGACGUAUUAAGGUGAAGGAGGUAGAGGGCGCGCGGAGCUGUAUAGUAAGGUGUUGGUAGACAAAUACGCUUGUUAAAGUGUGUGGUAUUUGGGUACUGAUAUUUAUUUGAUGGUACUCAUGAAUUAUUUUAAUUCCACAUAUUUGUAUAUUUAAAAUCAUACCGAAAUAUAUUAUGUGAUAUCAUAAUUCCACAGAUCUAAUUGUCAUGCCUUAUAUGGUAGAAGGAAAAUCAUUAUAAUUUUUAAAAAAUGUGUUUUAUAUAAUGACAAUAACAUAUAAUUGUACAAGGUUUCACCACAGUUACGUCCUAUGCUAUACAAUAUGAAUUGUGUCAUUCGUAACAUCUCAAAUUACUAAUGGUGGUGAUAAUUUGUAUCGUAAACCUAUUUCCCUUUUAAAAUUGUCAAUUAACUGACCAUAGUAACCGUUCUACAUAUAUUGAUUGAUACACAUGUCGGUAAUAACCAUUAGUUCCUGGUCAUCCCAUUACAGCGUUCUACGACUGCUCCUCAGGUAGCGCCGACAUUGUCUUCAUAAUAGAUUCCUCCACCAGUGUCGGUGGACGGAGCUUUAAGAAAAUGCUUGAUUUCAUGACCGACUUUGUCAACACCGUGGACAUUGACUCCGGAAACCAUAGAGUGGGCGUGGUUGUCUACAACACUGGGAUCAGUACCAAGAUAUUCCUAGACGAUCAUACUGAUAAAGACAGUCUACUGCAGGCGAUCACUGGUAUCCGGUACACGUACGGCAACACCAACACUGCCGAUGGAUUACGUGUAGCUAGAGAAGAUAUAUUGGGGGCGAAAGGAGACCGCAGAACGGUUCCAAAUGUGGUAAUACUGAUAACAGAUGGUAUUCCGAAUAUGAAUGUCCGAAGAACCAUACCAGAGGCGACACUAAUAAAGGAAGGGGGAGCUCGAAUGUACCUUAUAGGUGUGGGAUUAAGUCCUGGUAUAGCUUUGGAUGACAUACCUUCUGAACCCUUCUCCGAAAACGGUUUCUACAUCAACGACUUUGAUGAUUUACCAUCAAUAGAAAACAGCAUUUUCUCUGGGAUCUGUAAAGAAACCAUUAAAUGUGUGUCCGGGCAGGCAGAUAUUGUCAUACUCUUAGAUUCAUCAACAAGUGUUGGCAAAGAAAACUUCAACAGCAUGCUGGAUUUCACUAAGAACAUUGUCAAGUCACUAGAUAUCGACUCCGGUCGGUUCCAAGUUGGUAUUGCGACCUAUAAUACAUAUAUAGUUCACAAGACAAUGCUGAAUGCAUUUCAAAGCUCGGGUGAUCUCCUGAGGUUGAUAGACAAUAUUCCAUAUACUUACGGUAAUACAAAUCCGUCAGAUGCAUUGAAGUUUGCCAGGUCGAAUAUUUUCUCCCCAGAAGGCGGGGACAGACCAGACGCUUCUAACAUCAUUAUACUGAUCACUGAUGGACUUGCUAACAUGAAUCCGAGGCGGUCAAUUCCGGAGGCAAAUCUGGCUCGAGAUGAGGGCAUACGAGUAUUUGUGAUGGACAUAGGUGUAGGGAGGGCCGCGGAAUUAGCUGGAAUGGCUAAUCAGCCACUUGAACACAACCGAUUUAGCGUCGAUACAUUUGAUGAUAUGGAUAAGGUCAAGAAUGCAUUAAUGACCGAGAUAUGCGAAGGUAUAUAUAUUAUUUUGUACGACAUGCUAUAUGUAUCUAUGCUCUCUCCGUUGUAUUCUGGUUCGGUCAUUACUAAAAAUAAGAUCUGAACAAACUCAUCAUAAAAUCAAUUUUGUAAAAUAUUACAAUUUUUUACCCAUUUACCCUAUUUGACCCAUUGGUGCAUGGUCAUUUGAUACAAUGUCAUACAACCAACAUGGCAUGUUUUACUACAUGAACAAAGAAACCCCACACUAAUACCUGAAUAUUUUCUCACAAACUGCAGGGAUAAAUUCUGGUAACACAAAUAAAAAAUCUAAAUUUUCAGAGAGUCGCACAUGUAUAGCUGUACAGCGAGACAUCGUGUUUGUCAUUGACUCUUCCUCGAGUGUGGGGACAAGGGGUUUCCGCAAGGUUCUCUCCUGGAUAGCAGAGCUCGGACACACUAUCGAUUUAGACGGCGGUUCAUAUCGGAUAGGAAUUAUUGUCUAUAAUACACAGGUCACUAAGAAAAUUUACCUCAACCAAGCCACUACCAGGGCAGACCUAGAUAGUGUACUAAAGAAUAUACCAUACACGUACGGUAAUACUAACACAGCAGGUGGUAUCAGGGCCGCUCGGGAAGAUCUGUUAGCCCGGGGCCAGGGGAGAAGAGCGGGGGUACAGGGAAUGAUCGUUCUUAUCACCGACGGAGUAUCAAAUAUGAAUACGCAGCAGAGUAUACCGGAAGCUAACAGUGCAAGGGCUGCUGGGAUACAGGUGUACGUUAUUGGUGUAGGUUUGACCGACCGACAGGAGAUCGAUGGGAUAGCUAACAAACCUCUCUCCGUUCAUCGUAUACUUGUUGGCAGCUAUGACGCAAUGCCAGCGAUUUCGAAUGAUUUAUUUGAUGGCGUUUGCUCAGGAGGUAUUGUGUCACUUACUUACUUGUUUUCUUAUGCAAUAUUCGAUAACAAGCUGAAAAUAUUGUUGUGAUAAUAUAUUAACGUUAAAAGAAUAUCGUUACCCCCAGUAUUUCAAAGUUAUAGGAACUGUUUUAUUGUCUUGUCUUUUAUUUAUUAUUUUAACGUUAUCGUUACUGUGAUGUCAUCAUUUGUAAUUGUCGCUAUCUAUUUAAGCCGCUGCUCUCUUAGAUAUAUUUCACGUUUGUUUUCGUGUGCGUAUGUCUUGUUUCAAAAUUGUUGCCUGUCAUUUUUUUUUUUGAAUUUCAUUUCAGUUUAUUUUUGAGUUUUGGUUUUCUAGCAGAACAUGUCUUUAUCACACUAUCAUUAAUAUAUUAUUUAAUAUAAAAGUGUGCGUACCGAUGUUUUAUUAUGAAGCCUGGAAUAAAUAUAUAACUUUUUGCUCUCUCGUUCACCACAUCGACAUUUGAAUCAUUUAAAGUUAAUCUACCUAUGAAACAAGAUAAAUUGACAUUAUUCGAGUAGCUAGCCGUAGCCCUAUCCGAAUCCUAAAUAAUUGGCUAUAAGUUAUGUAAUAUCACUGUCAUUUCCAAACCUUCCAACAUUGGCCCACGGAGAGAAUAGUUGGGACCACGCGAAGUAUAGCGUCAUAUAGUGUUACUGGUCAGGGAUCAGCGUAAGAGUUCUCACAUAUAGUGUUACUGGUUAGGAAUCAGCGUAAGAGCUCUCACAUAUAGUGUUACUGGUUAGGAAUCAGCGUAAGAGUUCUAACAUAUAAUGUUACUGGUCAGGGAUCAGCGUAAGAGUUCUAACAUAUAAUGUUACUGGUUAGGAAUCAGCGUAAGAGUUUUAACAUAUGUUACUGGUAAGGAAUCAGCGUAAGAGUUCUAACAUAUAAUGUUACUGGUAAGAGAUCAGCAUCAGAGUUCUAACAUAUAAUGUUACUGGUUAGGAAUCAGCGUAAGAGUUCUAACAUAUAGUGUUACUGGUAAGGAAUCAGCGUAAGAGUUCUAACAUAUAAUGUUACUGGUAAGAGAUCAGCGUAAGAGUUCUCACAUAUAAUGUUACUGGUCAGGGAUCAGCGUAAGAGUUCUAACAUAUAAUGUUACUGGUCAGGGAUCAGCGUAAGAGUUCUCACAUAUAAUGUUACUGGUCAGGGAUCAGCGUUAGAAUUAUAACAUGUAAUGAUGUAUCAACAGGGGUGGUAAAUCCGUUGAUACCGUCGCUACCACAACCACAGCCGGGAG